AUGCAUGAAGCUUCAACAAAAUCUAAGAACGACGCCUCCCCAUCUGAUGCGGUCAAAGCGCAGCUCGCUUCACGGCUGGAGCAGCAGCCAAGCUGUUCUCGACAGAACCUUAGCCAAUCAAUCGAAUUAAAUGAGCAAUCAAACGAACGACCAUUGCCAAGAAAAUCUUUAUCUAAAAAAUCACUGGAAACAGUAAAGGAGCGUACGCAGCGGAAGAAAGUUGAAGGAAAGACAUCGGGCGAUUCUAAUGUGCGUGCGGAUGAGCAUAAGUUAGCUCUCCUUCAACUCGAUGCAGAGAGAUGUAGAUCAAAUAGAUGGCGAGAAACCGAACGCCAAAGAGCAGAACGCCUUGCUAAGGUAGCGGAAAGAGCCAGAAAAAGAAGAUCAACGGAAACAGAUGAGGAGCGUAUGCUGCGUUUACGGAAAUUUGCAGAGAGGAAAAGACAACGUGCACAUGAAGGCCUAGAAAAUGAAAUUUCCGAAGGUGUCAAACGUAACUCCACUUUGAGUUCGGAGCGCUUGGAAAAUAAAAUUACGGUUGAUCCAGAACAUUCAAGGGCACUUACACUUACGCCUUCAGAAACAACAGUUGCAAGUAUUACAGAUGAGGCUGAGAUAGAUUUAUCGCAACAACGCAGCGAAUAUGGUUUCACAACAUCACCUCUCAUGCAAAAUGUAACAGCAAAUGGGCACUUGAGCGAGACCCAAAGAUCUACAGUUGAGCAUGAGGAAGGCUGUCUAAAUGAAAAUGCCUCUGUGAUCUAUGCUCCUAUGAUUGCUCCGCCUGAGUUUGUUGCUGUAUCUUCAAAAGAUUCAGAAACUCCGCUGUUGAUUGGAAAUGACGAGAAUACAUCACCCUAUCCCUACUCUGCCACGGAAGCAGGCGCGAUCACCAACGAGAAUAACCUACUCACGUAUCGGAGGAAUCACAACGAAGAGGAACGAGGAGACAAUGUACCUGUGAAUCAGAUCUUCUACGGCACAAUACAAAAUAUGUACACAAAUUAUGGAGCUGAGGACGUGGAAGACGAAGUGGACCCGAUGGAGGAACUGCUGGCUCAGCACAGAAAGGAAAAAAAAGCUUUAAAAGAAAAGGCGCUUUCGAUGAAAAAGAUUGCAAAGUCUGGAAACAAACAGAAACAAAAGGAAACAAAUGCUGAAAUUGAACGAUUAGAAAGCGAGAUGGCUGCACGACACGAGAGAGAAAUCAGCAACUUGAAGCUGUCUCUACCCGCGGCGACCGCUGAAGAGAAAAAUUCUUCUAAAGAAGCUAAGGAUGAGGUUGACGAGAUAGAUCAAGCUUUCUACAAGGAAGUUCAAGUGUCUUCGAGAAACAAGAAGAAGCAGGCAAAGAAGGAGGAGGCACUUCGUCGUAUGCAAGAAGCUGUAGAAAAAGACCGUGAGAAUGCUGCUAAUUCAUUGCGGGUUACAGAAAUGACGGCAAUACAAAAAAUCUUGGACGAACGCGGGCUUAGCUUAGUGGACAUUGCUCCAGAUGGCGACUGUCUUUACAACGCGGUAGCCAAUCAGCUUUCUCGGGUGAAAGGGUAUGAGCAGGUAACUGGUAAAGAUAUGCGAAGGCGAGCUGCAAAAUACAUGCGAGAGAACAAAGAAGAUUUCGUGCCAUUCUUGACUAAUGAAAGUGAUGAACCUCUAGACGAGUUCGAGUUCGAGAAAUACUGCGCUGGAGUGGAAAAUGAAAGCAAAGAUGGUGGUGUUUGGGGAGGCGAACCCGAGUUGAAUGCCCUUAGUCGAAGUUUGGAGAGGAGUAUAGAGUUACUUCAACCUGUUGGUCCUCCGGUAAUUUUUGGCGAAAACUACAAAAAUACGAAGCCAUUGAUUAUCGUCUACCACCGGCAUGCUUAUAAAUUAGGAGCGCAUUACAAUUCAACAGCUAUCAAGACGAUAUCAUAGUAUGUGUAUUUGUAUGAUUACUUCGCGUACUGACUAAAAAUUGGACGUUUGCAAGAGAACAUUGCCAAAUAAAGAGCUUUUAU